AUGGGACUGUUAGCUUUGGGAACGCCCUUGCCAUGGUUUGAGUCCAGGACAUACAAUGAGCACAUCAGGGACGAAGGUGUUGAGCAGUUAUUGUACAUCUUCAAGGCGGCUGCCAAAAGAGACAAUGAUCCUCUUUAUUGGGGAGAUGAGGUCGAAUACAUGGUGGUGGACUUCGAUGACAAGGACAAAAACUCUAUGCUUGACGUCUGUCAUGAUAAGAUACUCACUGAGCUCAACGAGGAAGAGCUGCCACUCUGUGAGGCCAACGACGUCAGCUUCCAUCCUGAGUAUGGUCGUUUCAUGUUAGAGGCAACGCCAGCUUCGCCGUACUUGAACUAUGUGGGCAGUUAUGUCGAGUUGAACAUGCAACAAAGACGUGCCAUCGCAGAAUACAAAUUGUCCGAAUAUACGAGACAAGAUAAUAAGAAUAACGUACAUGUUGGUUCCAGGUUGGUGCCUUUGACACUCACUGUCUUUCCCAGAAUGGGAUGCCCUGACUUUAUAAACAUCAAAGAUCCUUGGAAUCACAAAAAUGCAGCUUCCAGGUCACUGUUUCUGCCCGACGAAGUCAUCAAUAGACAUGUCAGGUUCCCCAAUCUGACGGCGUCCAUCAGAACCAGACGUGGUGAAAAAGUGUGCAUGAACAUUCCCAUGUACAAGGACACGGAUACUCCAGAAUCAGACGAUUCCAUCUAUGACCGAGAUUGGUUUCUCCCCGAAGACAAAGAGGCCAAGGUGGCUUCCAAACCAGGGUUUAUUUAUAUGGAUUCGAUGGGAUUCGGUAUGGGUUGCUCUUGUUUACAAGUGACUUUUCAGGCCCCCAAUAUUAGUAAAGCGCGCUAUCUGUACGAUUCCCUGGUAAAUUUCGCACCCAUCAUGCUAGCAUUUUCAGCAGCCGCUCCUACUUUCAAGGGUUGGUUGGCGGACCAAGAUGUUCGUUGGAAUGUCAUUUCUGGCGCAGUGGACGACCGUACUCCAAAAGAAAGAGGCGUUGAGCCAUUGUUGCCCAAAUACAACAAGAACGGAUUUGGUGGAAUUUCCAAAGAUGUCCAGAGUAAAGUCAUCAAAAUACCAAAGUCGAGGUAUAGUUCAGUAGAUCUUUUUUUGGGUGGGACGAAAUUUUUCAAUAGAACGUAUAACGACACAAAUGUCCCAAUAAAUGAUAAAGUGCUGGGAAGACUACUCGAAAAUGACAAAGCUCCAUUAGAUUACGAUAUGGCCAAACACUUUGCCCAUCUUUAUAUCAGAGAUCCGGUAUCCACGUUCGAAGAACUACUGCAUCAAGACAACAAGUCAUCUACAAACCAUUUUGAAAAUAUCCAGAGUACUAAUUGGCAGACCUUACGUUUCAAACCGCCCACGCAACAUGCUACUCCAGACAAAAAGGAUGCGCCCGGUUGGAGAGUGGAGUUCAGACCUUUUGAAGUCCAACUGUUGGAUUUUGAAAACGCCGCAUACUCCAUGUUUAUAUAUUUGAUCGUCGAUAGCAUUCUGACAUUUUCUGACGACAUCAAUGCUUACAUUCAUAUGUCUAAAGUUUGGGAAAAUAUGAAGACGGCCCACCACAGGGAUGCUGUCCUGAAUGAAAAUUUCCAUUGGAAAAAAUCGUUCCAGAACAAAGAUGGCGUGGAAACAGAAGAAUGCUCGAUAGACGAAAUUUUUCACAAUUCAGAGAACGGUAUUUUCCCUCAAUUCAUUACACCAAUUCUUUGCCAAAAAGGUUUCGUAGCGAGAGACUGGAAGGAAUUGAAACACUCUUCCCAACAUAAAAGACUAUACUACUACCUAAAACUCAUUUCUGAAAGAGCAAGUGGUAAACUGCCAACAACAGCGAAAUUUUUUAGAAAUUUUGUAUUACAACAUCCAAACUACAAACAUGAUUCGAAAGUCUCCAAAUUAGUUAAUUACGAUUUGCUUUCCACGUGUGAUAGAAUUACUCAUUUAGACGAUUCAAAAGGUGAAUUGACCUCCUUUUUAGGAAGUGAGAUUGCUGACUAUAUAAAAGAUAAUAAGCCAUCGAUAGAAAGAAAAGCCUAA